AUGAAAAUGAUUACCAGAAAAACUAUCGGUAAGUUUUGUUUAGUAUUAGGUGGUAAGAUGCAAGCAAGUACCAAAACUCCUCACGUUCCGGUGAUGGCUGAUGAAACGAUAAAAUUCCUAAAACCGCAAAACAACGAGCUGUUUUUGGACAUGACAUUUGGAGCUGGUGGUCAUACGAAAGAGAUUCUUAAAGUAGCCCCCAGUGCGAAAAUCAUAGCAUUAGAUCGUGACCCAACGGCUUACGAAAUGGCACUGGAAUUAGCCAAGCAGUACCCAGAUCAAAUAUUCCCAGUUUUGGGAAGGUUUUCUGAUCUUCCAGAACAGCUGUCAACGAUGAAGGUAAAGCAAAAAUCGUUCGAUGGAAUUAUAUUCGAUUUUGGAUGUUCAUCCAUGCAGUUUGACGAAGGUUGUCGUGGGUUUUCUAUAAGCAAAGAUGGGCCUUUGGAUAUGCGAAUGGAUCAAAACCGUUUGCAGGAUAUUCCCUCUGCCGCUGAGGUACUCGCAAAAAUUGACGAGACGGAUUUGGCACAAGUUUUGAAAAUUUACGGUGAAGAGAAACAUGCAAAGAAGAUAGCUCGAGCUAUCGUGGAUGCUCGAUAUACGAACAAGAAAAUUGAAACUACCAAAGAGCUUGCUGAUGUAGUGCAAUCUUGUCUCGGUAGCGGCAGUUUUCAUCUGGACAAGCUCCAGCGGCCAAGUCACCCCGCAACCAAGACCUUCCAAGCGUUAAGAAUAUUCGUAAACAACGAAUUAAACGAGAUCAACUAUGGAAUGAUUCUAGCGCAGCGAUAUCUGAAGAUUGGUGGUAAAAUGAUCGCGAUCACUUUCCAUUCGCUCGAGGACACCAUAGUGAAGCGACAUGUAAUGGGAAAUGUGCUGAAUGACAUGGCCAAUAAGUUGCCUCUGAAGUACUGUAGCCACUCGGUGAGCUACGAGCAUGAUGAAAUGGAGAACGCGAUGAAAACUCCCUGGUAUCAGAUGACGAAGCAUGUGGUUUUACCAAGUUUCGAUGAAGUGGAGCGGAACCCUCGAAGCCGAUCUGCAAAGUUACGAGCCGUGGUCCGUGUAGCAUAAAUAGGUGAAGAAAUAUAUUUUUUUAUAGAA